AUGGCGAGCCCGGCCCGCGGCUCGGCGCAUGGCGCCCGGCCCCCGCCGCGAGCGCAGCCCGAGCGGGGGGGCGGCCGCUCCGUCAGCCCCGGGACCCCGCCGCGGUGGGGAGGGGGCUGCGCUGGCCGGAGCGGGCCGGCGGCGCAGCCCACACGUGUGUGUGUGUGUGUGCGUGUCCGUGUGUCACGGCGCACGCCCCGCGCGGCACACGCCGCUGCCCGCUGGCCGGGCGCGCCGCAGACACGUGAAGGCGCUGCGGCGGCAGCAGCAUUACAUCAGCUGCGGCACCGCGGCCGGGCGCGCCCCGCAGCCCCCGCGCCCGGCCCGCCCUCCGCCGCCGCUCGAAACAAAAUAACAAGUGCCGCCGAGCUCACAUGGCGCUGGGGGAGCCGGGCAGCCAGGCUCCGGCACGGCGGCGCUAGGCCGGGCCAGCGCUCGCCCUCAGGCUUCCUGGUGUGUCCCCUAGAUAUAAGUGGGGCCGGGUUGCCAUUAGUCCCGCCGGUCUUUACCCACAACCCUUCUGCAAAAACAUCUUCCCAAAAUUUAAAUUGUGCGGCUACCGCAGCUGCUUUCUCUGAACUACAGGCGCAAGCCAUAUUUCUGCUCCUUGGGAUCGUGGCUUUUAAUGAAAAAAAGCCAGAGAAACUGCACAGCCUGGGAUGGUGGACAGGUGAAUACCUAAAUUCAAGGACAAUGAUACAAGGGUUAUGGUAACAAAGGCUGCUCAAGCUGCCCCUCUGUUGCCCCUCUUUUCCCAGCCACUCCAGUUCUGGUCUGUUCCCCCUGGAGUUCACACCUGGGACUCUCAGCCCACCUGGCAGGGGCAUGGACAUGCAGGUACCCUUCUGACAAGGAUGCAGUGACUCCCCAGCUUGUGCUGAUCACAGAAAAUGUGGGC